AUGGAACUCAAAAAAGAACUGAAUUACCAGAGGCCGAGGCCCAUCCAAGGAAAUCCACCUCCACGCUUGGCUCACAAAUACUGUGCCUUUCAUGAUUCAUAUGGUCACCUGACCGAGCAGUGUGUAUCAUUGAGACAAUUGAUUGAGAAGUUCAUCAAAAACGGGAAGCUAGUCCGAUUUCUUGUUAAUGAGAGAAACCAAAAAGAGCAGGACCAAUAUCCGCGGCCUAGAAGAGAAGAAGAUCGGAAUGAAAGGAGAAACUAUCAACCGAGGAGGGAAGAGAGAAGAGGUAGAAGCAGAGAACCAGCACAUCAGCCUCGAGGGGAAGAAAGAAGGGAAAGAAGUAGGAGUAGAGCUCGGGUGGAGCAGCAAGGCAACCUUCCCAUCAUUCACACCAUCUCGGGAGGAUUUGGAGGAGGAGGAGAGUCCAAGUCGGCUCGGAAGGCUUAUUCCAAGCAGCUGGAUGAUUUCGAAGUGUAUUCGGUACAAAAGCCCCCCAAGUCUCGGAAAUGGAGCUCGGCCGAUAUUCUGUUUAAGUCAGCCUUUGACUACAUGGGAGUCCCACGGGAGAAAGUGGUCUCGGUCUCAUGCCACUUACUGGGUUUCGCUGGAGAGAAGGUGCUGCCUCUCGGUUCGAUUGAUCUCCCUGUGACGGCAGGGACUUAUCCGAGGCAAAAGGUCAUCAUGGUGAAAUUCUUGAUAGUUGACAGAGUUUCAGCCUAUAACGCCAUUAUCGGAAGGACAACUCUCAACGACUUAAAAGCUGUGACCUCAACACCGCAUCUCAGUAUGAAGUUCUCGACAGAAGAAGGAGUUGGAGUGGUUAAGGGAGACCAGAAGGAGGCUAGACGUUGUUACAACUUGUCCUUGAAAAGCACCCCGAGGCAGCACAAUCUGGGCGAGAAAGCUAAGGAGGACGGGAAAUAG